AUGGAGAUACGCUGCAGCUACACAUACCCAUUCAGAACGGAUAACCCUUAUAUAGUUGUGAAGACAUUCUGGUUUAUGAAAGACAGUAAUUUUGUGUUUGUAGAUCUGAGAACAGACUCAGAGUAUUCAGGUCGUGUUCAGUAUCAGUGUGAAAAUAAGAACUGCAUGGUGAGAAUCACGGACCUGAGAGAGAGCGACUCAACUGAGUACAAGUUCAGAUUAAUCACAAACCAACCAGGAGGGAGAUUUUUUGGUUCACCUGGAGUCACUUUGACUGUUGCUGAUCUGCAGGUGCAGGUGAGCAGAUCAGCUGUCAGAGGUGAUUCUAAGUCAGCAGAUCUGAAGUGCGAGAGCAGUUGUCCUCUGCCUGAUAAUCUCUCCUACAUCUGGUACAAGAAUGAACAGAUCAUCACAGGACAAACAUCUAAUCUUUAUCUAAACCACUGGGAUCCUACAAACAGGAUUUCCUGUGCUGUCAGAGGAUAUGAGAACUCUCGCUCUCCUUCAGUGGUGGUGAAGGAUGUCUGGGAUGUGACCUACACCACUACUCAGGUCUGUGCCUUCAAAGGAUCAUCAGCAGAAAUACGCUGCACCUUCAGAUACCCAUCGACUGUAGAUGGCACAAAUACAAAAGUUCAGAAAACUUUCUGGUUUACUAAAGUCAAAGAUAAUGAACCUGUGGAUCUGACAACAGAGUCAGAGUACAGAGAUCGUGUUCAGUAUCAGUGUAAAAACAACGACUGCACUCUGAGAAUCACAGACCUGAGAGAGAGCGACUCAGCUGAGUACAAGUUCAUGUUCAUAACAAACGAUCCAGGAGGGAAAUAUUCUGGAUCACCUGGAGUCACUUUGACUGUCACAGAUCCACAGCUCCAGGUACAUGUGAGGAGAUCAGCAGUAAACUCUUAUUCUAACUGGACAGAGCUGACAUGUCACCACAACUGUCAGCUACCUGAUCAAUCUUCCUACAUCUGGUACAGGAAUGGACACAAACUUUCAUCAGACGAACAAUAUUUUCACAUGGACACAUUUGAUUCUACAGACAGUUUUCACUGUGCUGUGAAAGAACAUGAGCGAUUCCCUUCUCCAACAGUGUAUGCUCCAAAGCUUCCCUCUGUGUCAGUGAGUCCCUCUGCUGAGAUAGUGGAGGGCAGUUCAGUGACUCUGACCUGUAGCAGUGAUGCUAACCCAGCAGCUAAUUACACCUGGUACAAGGAGGAUGUCAUCAAUCCUCUCAGUUACCAAAACCAACAUGUUUUCAGCUCCAUCCUCCCCUCUGACUCAGGAAAGUAUUACUGUACAGCUGAUAAUAACCUGGGACAAAAGAGAUCUGAAAGCAGAACUAUUGAUGUGAAAUAUAGUCCAAGGCUUCCCACUGUGUCAGUGAGUCCCUCUGGUGAAAUAGUAGAGGGUAGCUUUGUGAAUCUGACCUGUAGCAGUGAUGCUAACCCAGCAGCUAAUUACACCUGGUACAAAGACAAAAAAGUACUGUCAGGAGGACAACAGGAUGUUUAUCACUUUAGCUCUAUCAGUUCUGAGGACAGUGGGAAUUACUUUUGCAAGUGUCGGAAUUUGUAUGGACAGGCAAACUCUAUGUCUCUAUCCAUCGAUGUAAAAUAUGCUCCAAGGCUUCCCACUGUGUCAGUGAGUCCCUCUGGUGAAAUAGUAGAGGGUAGCUCUGUGAAUCUGACCUGUAGCAGUGAUGCUAACCCAGCAGCUAAUUACACCUGGUACAAGGAGAAUGGCCAUGCUCAUCUUAGAUACUUGAAACAAUUUACCUUCACAUCCAUUCAGUCUUCUGACUCUGGACCUUAUUACUGUACAACUAAGAACAACAUUGGAACAAAGAUAUCACCACACAUUUUUAUUGAUGUGAAAUAUGCUCCAAGGCUUCCCACUGUGUCAGUAAGUCCCUCUGGUGAAAUAGUAGAGGGUAUCUCUGUGAAUCUGACCUGUAGCAGUGAUGCUAACCCCACAGCUAAUUACACCUGGUACAAAGACAACAAAGUACUGCCAGCAGGAACACAGGAUGUUUAUCGCUUUGUCUCUAUCAGUUCUGAGGACAGUGGGAAUUACUUUUGCAAGUGUCGGAAUUUGUAUGGACAGGCAAACUCUAUGUCUCUAUCCAUUGAUGUAAAAUGCAAAUGGUCCAAGGCUUCCCACUGUGUCAAUGCUCCAAGGCUUCCCACUGUGUCAGUAAGUCCCUCUGCUGAGAUAGUGGAGGGUAUCUCUGUGAAUCUGACCUGUAGCAGUGAUGCUAACCCCACAGCUAAUUACACCUGGUACAAAGACAACAAAGUACUGCCAGCAGGAACACAGGAUGUUUAUCGCUUUGUCUCUAUCAGUUCUGAGGACAGUGGGAAUUACUUUUGCAAGUGUCGGAAUUUGUAUGGACAGGCAAACUCUAUGUCUCUAUCCAUUGAUGUAAAAUAUGGUCCAAGGCUUCGCACUGUGUCAGUGAGUCCCUCUGGUGAAAUAGUAGAGGGUAGCUUUGUGAAUCUGACCUGUAGCAGUGAUGCUAACCCAGCAGCUAAUUACACCUGGUCCAAAGACGACAAAGUACUGUCAGGAGGACAACAGGAUGUUUAUCACUUUAGCUCUAUCAGCUCUGAGGACAGCGGGAAUUAUUCUUGCAAUUCCAAGAAUAUAUAUGGACAGGCAACCUCUAUGACUCUACACAUUGAUGUGCAAUAUGCUCCAAGGCUUCCCACUGUGUCAGUGAGUCCCUCUGGUGAAAUAGUAGAGGGUAGCUCUGUGAAUCUGACCUGUAGCAGUGAUGCUAACCCAGCAGCUAAUUACACCUGGUACAAGGAGAAUGGCCAUGCUCAUCUUAGUUACUUGAAACGAUUUACCUUCACAUCCAUUCAGUCUUCUGACUCUGGACCUUAUUACUGUACAACUAAGAACAACAUUGGAACAAAGACAUCACCACACAUUUUUAUUGAUGUGAAAUAUGCUCCAAGGCUUCCCACUGUGUCAGUAAGUCCCUCUGCUGAGAUAGUGGAGGGUAUCUCUGUGAAUCUGACCUGUAGCAGUGAUGCUAACCCCACAGCUAAUUACACCUGGUACAAAGACAACAAAGUACUGCCAGCAGGAACACAGGAUGUUUAUCGCUUUGUCUCUAUCAGUUCUGAGGACAGUGGGAAUUACUUUUGCAAGUGUCGGAAUUUGUAUGGACAGGCAAACUCUAUGUCUCUAUCCAUUGAUGUAAAAUGCAAAUGGUCCAAGGCUUCCCACUGUGUCAGUGAGUCCCUCUGGUGA